AUGGUCUCGAAGACAUUCACACUUUUGGGGUUGGCGGCGGCGGCGGUCGCCAGGGGAGUCGCGAUAUCUGGUGGUGACUUCGGCUGUGAGAUUGAUGGAAGUUGUCCCACAGGCAACGUCCAGCUGCCACUCAGCUCUCUCGGCGGCGGCGAUGGAGAGGGUCAGAUGAACCAUUUCGCAAAGGAUGACAGUCUCAACAUGUUCCGUCUGCCCGUCGGCUGGCAGUUCCUCGUCAACAACCAACUCGGCGGACAGCUCAACUCGGGCAACCUGGGCAAGUACGACCAGGUGAUGCAAAAGUGCCUCGCGACCGGCGCGUACUGCAUGCUCGACAUCCACAACUUCGCGCGAUGGAACGGCGGCAUCAUCGGACAGGGCGGGCCGACGGACGACCAGUUCGUCUCGCUGUGGACGCAGCUGGCGACCAAGUACAAGGACAACGAGAAGGUCGUCUUCGAGCUCAUGAACGAGCCCCACGACCUCGACGUCAAGAUCUGGGCCGCGACGUGCCAGAAGGUCGUCACCGCGAUCCGCCAGGCCGGCGCGACGUCGCAGAUGAUCCUCCUCCCCGGCACGAACUUCAACUCGGCCGAGUUCCUCGUCAGCAGCGGCAGCGCGGAGGCGUUGACGGCGAUCACGAACCCCGACGGGACCACCGACAAUUUGAUUAUCGACAUCCACAAGUACCUGGACGAGGACAACAGCGGCACGCACAAGCCGUGCACGACGGAUAAUGUGGAGAGUUUCAGGACGGUGGCCGAGUUCCUGAGGGCCAAGGGGCGGAGGGGUCUGGUCAGCGAGACGGGGGCUUCGAGCGAUUCCUCGUGCUUCACGGCGUUUUGCGCGCAGAACACGUUCAUCAACCAGAACUCGGACGUCUUCAUUGGUCUCGUCGGAUGGGCCGCCGGCAGCUUCGAUACUGGUUACGUCCUCAGCUUGACGCCGAAGAAGUCCGGCAACAGCUACACCGACAACGACUUGAUGAAGCAGUGCGUCCUCGCGACGUGGAAUACCGAGCAGAACGUGACGUCCCCGGAGACGACGGCGUCUAAGCCCGCGGCCUCGGCGACGCCAAGCGUGGCUCCGAGUAAGGCACCGAGUGCGGCUCCGAGCGUCACCCCGAGCAAAGCGCCGAGUGGUGCGCCCAGUGCGGUCCCGACUUCGGCGCCGGCUUCGAGCGACGAGGGCGGCAUUCUUCCACCGACGAGCGUCAUGACUGUGCCUACUACGCUGUUGAUUGAUACAUCGACGCCUACUAUUCCCGUACCGACCGGAGCUCGUGGCAGGAAUGGUACGACGACGACGAGCACACCGCUUGCCCCGACCGCUGCUGCUGCCAGGGUUGACGUUAACUGUACUUCCGUUCCCGAGGGAGAUAUCGAGGGGGCUUUCGGAAGGAACGGUCCUGCCUCCUUUGGGGACGAAGGUCUCACGGCAACUGCCAACGCGUACGGCAACCUCAUUCAUAUCACGCGCUAUACUGGCGGAGAUCCCUGCGACCAGUCAAAAUUCAUCUGCGCCGAUUUCGCCCAAAGUACAGAGCAUUCCCAGAAUGCGCAGCACGCUGAUUCCGACCCAGAGCUGAGGCACCUACACCUGCUUAAUCGUCAUAUCGAGUGGCUGUGUCACUACUGGCCAACCAACAUAAAAGUUGAGAAGGAGAAUGGGAGCGAAACGAUAGAAAAAGAAAAAGAAGAGGAGAGUAAGAAUGAUCGAAAACUUCAGGUCAACUAUAAAGAAAACGCGCAAAAGGAGGAUGAUGCCGGUGUUCAUGUUGGCAUCGAUAUGGCUCUCCAAAUCAUCAAACUGGGCGAAAUCGCUGAUUCCACGGCGGCAACAACUAGCAAUACCGGCUCUGCCAAACGCCUGGUCAAAUCCUGGCUGGAGGGUCUUAGCAAAACGAAAAGAGAUGGCCUGCCCAUGAUAUCUCGUUCAGAGAAUGAGCUGAAAAGAUUUGACUUGGUUGAUCAUGCCCUUGUCUGGUGGGCUAUGAGAUCAGUGGAGAAGCUCGGCUGGAACCCAACACUUAGCUACGACCCUUUGAAGAAGCCCGAGAAGCAAAUCUCACCACAGGAGUUCCAGGAAUCGAUUCUCAAAAGGUUCACCACUGAAAAUACGACCAUAAAAACUAGGAUGCUCGCAAGGUCCCGGUCUCUAGUGGAAAUGGACUUCAUUCUGGGCCCAAAGGAUACCACCCUUUUCAACGCAGACAGCGAUGACAACGAAGAAUCCGAAUGGAACCGUCCCCUGGACUUCGGCUUGGCAGUAAUCCUGUGCUCUCUGAAAAUAGCGGUCAAGUCGUCGGAGGAGCCCGCCACAAUGUACAAGAGACAAUUCGGCUGGUUCAAAGAAGAUAUUUUUUCUAUGAACGAACAAAAGCACGACUCCUACUGGUCUACCCAAUUCGAAAUACCAUACAUCCUAUCGGCGUUCCCAAGUUCCAAACCGGAAAAUGGCACGGCCGAUGAUCUUUCAAAGGUCAGCAAUCUUUUGGAGCGCUCUCUGGACAAACGAAAAGCCGAGAGCAAGGAAGACGUGGUUAUGAAACAACGGCUGCCAUUUGGUGAUUACAUUGGCUUGAAACACAUUGUCGAGCUUCGCGACAGAUGGCUUUACGAUGAACCAAAGUUCCUCAAUUCUCAACCAACAAUUCCAGAGAUCUCGGUGAAGGCGUUUAGGAAGCUAUUCAAAGAUGAGAAGAAUAUCUUUUUCAAGGCUACCAUUGUUCAGGCAUGCAUUGACCAACUCGCGGCGCUCGAGGUGCGCAGGUCGGAACCGCGACGGGCGUUGGACCCGGACCUCGAGUUGGGACCGGGCCUUGACCGCCUUGCAUGCAUAGUGAGCGAUGUUGGAGGUGCAGACGUUUUGUUCAAGUCAAAGCAGAAUAACUCGGAGGGUGUCCAAUCGAUCAUGCAACAUCCUCAUGGCACACAGAGAGAUUACGAGAAGGAACACGUGAAGACCUUGGAUCAACUACGGGAACGUCUCAUCAUUCCACGCAGCCGCGAUUACUCCAAAAAGAGACUUCUGCAGUUCUACCAUAUCGAACCAACGGCAGCACUAGUUUGCUGUCUAGCGUCGCCGGUGCCAUGGAUCCCGUCGUCGGCCUCAGGCCGUCUCAUCCUCACGUUCUAA